AUGCGACAACUCCCACCCACCGUCCAGUAUACCAUACCCGUCCUUGCUCAUGCCCCUCUCACCACCGCCAUGUACCGCUCUAACGACCCGCGCUUCCGGCGGCGCCUCAACGAAAUCGGCCAUUCCCUCGAGACCGCCAACGAAGCCGCGCAAUCCGGCCUCUUCGUCUUCGGCCAGAACUACGUCCGACCCUGCUUCGACGGCGUCACCUCAUGUUUCCGGAAUUGCGUAGACGCUUCAUGUCCUACUCUGAACCUCAACGCGACGCAGCGCGACCGGCUCCGAAGACAACGAGGCCAGAGUCGCGGACGCGCGGAGCUCAACUUCGAUUUCUACGAUGACUGGGAUGAGGACGAGAACGAUGCGCUGAUGGGUUGGGGAGGCGGGGAAGAGUUUGAUCGAUUGUUGGCGGGCAGCGGUGGGUAUGGGACGAUAGCGCAACAGCCGGGGCGGCAAAGAGGGAUGAGCUACCCAAAGGCGAGGCGGAAGAGUGCUGGGGUGCAGUUGAAUGACAAUGGGGAGGAUCCAACAGUGAUACCGGCGAGUAGUGGGUUCUUUGGGAAGUUGUUUGGGGGCAAGGCGAAGGGGCUGAGAUAUAAGCCUUCCGCGGCCGGGCUGCAGGAGCACCCUGGGAAGAGGAGGCUAGAAGGUGGUCUGACGGAGGGCGAGGCGCUGGUCGGCUCUGGGAGGAGGCAUGGACGGACGAGAAGUGGGACGGCAACGUCAGGGGAGACGACGGACAGCCUGAGCAGUCGGGGCGACAUCUUUCCGUCGGAUGAGGAGCUUGAUGAUGCGGUCCCGUUGGAUGACGAGUUCGCGAUGGUGUUGGAGAGGCGAACGACACAGUCAAUAGGCGCGUCUGGCCCAGAGACGGAGAGCAGCUCCAACAAGACAAAAAGCGACAGGAAAAAGACUCCCACGCCUACCGAUGAGAAUGCGCCGAAUGUGGAGGGUCAAUUCACGCUGCAUGACUUGAAGCAAGAAGAGCGCAGGAUUGAGGAGGAAGAGGAGGCGGACGUCGAGCGCAAACGACUCGAAGCGCAGAAGAUUGCCGCCGAGCGAGGACUCGCUCUCUCACAGGCAGAAGACCUGUCGAGCAAAGAAGCGACACCGCACGUUCAGUCACCUGAGCUGCAGCCUCAGCGUCCCGAUGACGAGCCGAGUCAGCUUCCAACACCACUGGCUACGGAUGACGAAGAAGAAAGCGUCCUGAGCACGCAGCAGACGAGACGAGAGGGCAACGAUGAAUCCAAGCAAUGA